AUGGGUAUCACAAUUCGGAGAGCCACCAUAAGAGAUGUGCAGGCCAUGCAAAAUGCAAAUCUCCUCAACUUGCCCGAGAAUUAUCAGUUGAAGUAUUACAUGUACCAUAUCUUGUCCUGGCCUCAAACAAGUUUCGUGGCGACUACAUACGACGUAGACGAGCCAGAGGAUGAAUCUUCUGAGAAGGAUGUUGUCGAUCAACUCGCGGAAGUUAAUCUUGCCGGCUUCACUACCGUAGACUCUGCUGAAAUCGACCCCAAAGGUGAUUCAGCCUACAUCAAUAAAGGUGAAAAAAUAGUUGGGUAUGUGCUCGGGAAAAUGGAAGAUGAUCCAGACGCUGAAGACAAGAUUCCACAUGGCCACAUCACCUCAUUGGCCGUGAUGAGAACGUAUAGACGGAUGGGUUUGGCCGAGAAAUUGAUGAAACAGCUGCUAUAUGCCAUGUGCGAGGUGUUCAAGGCCCGCUACGUCUCGCUCCACGUGAGAAAGUCCAAUCGUGCCGCAUUACAUUUAUACCGUGACUCUUUGACGUUUGAGGUCACCUCGAUUGAGAAGUGCUACUAUCAAGAUGACGAAGACGCCUACGCGAUGAAGAAAGUGUUCAAAUUAGAAGAGAUGCUACCAUACCAUGGUCAUAGUGAGGUUGAUGAUCUCACGACAGACCUUAUUUAA